AUAUUAUCAUCGAUCUCUCAAUCCAAAAAGAUUGAUUGAAGCGAAAUUUUCUCACAAACCUCUUAACGUUCCCUUAUCGUGUGUAAUUAAAAAGUUUAAGCUACCAGCUGAAACAUCUAUACCUGGUCUCAGACCGAUGUUAAAGAAAGAUGUCCCUGAAGUUAGAGCAUUGUUAAAUGAAUACAUGAGUAAAUUUAACUUUGUACCUGUUUUUAAGACUGAUGACGAAGUAAAACAUUGGAUAUUAACGAGAGGAGUUGUUUGGUCAUUUGUUGUUGAAGACCCUGAAACAAAAAAAGUGACCGACUUUUUUUCGUUUUAUUAUUUGCCAUCAUCAGUUAUUGGUCACCAAGUUCAUAAAACUAUAAAUGCGGUUUAUUUAUUUUAUUAUGCAGUAAAAGAAUCCGAUGAAAAGUCUACAAAAGGAAGAUUACAAAGUUUAAUGAAGGAUGCAUUGAUAUUGGCGAAAUUGAAAAGUGUUGAUUUUUUCAAUUGUCUUGACCUGUUGGAAAACAAAUUAUUCAUUGAAGAACUAAAAUUCGGACCAGGGGAUGGAUAUUUGAAUUAUUAUAUGUAUAAUUGGCGUUGUAGAGAAAUGGGUAGCGAAAAAGUAGGUGUGGUCAUGUAA